AUGUUGUCAAAGACAGUUUUUGGACUGUUAUGUUUGACAUGUGUUUCUGCCAUGAUUCCAUCAAUGUUUGAUGUUCCACUGCAACAUGUGAAUUCAAGGGUAUCAGCUGAUCAAGGAAAACUGGUCUUUUUACAGGCUGUAAGUCAUUGUUAACUCACACAAUACACGCAUAUAACAAUGAUAUUACAAUAAAAGUCAAAAGUUCAAGUUUUACGAAAUGUCAAACUAUUAUUGGAAAUUUGACAAAAUGUCACAAAAUUAUUGGCACAUUUGACGAAGUGUCAAAAGAUUAUCAAAAAAAUUAAAACUUGAAAAAUAACUUUUUAUUGUUAAUUUAAGUAAGAAAACACUAUUUUUAGUACUUUUUACUCUCUUUAGGUUUGGAGACAUGGUGACAGAGCUCCAGAAUAUCAAUUCCCAUCCGAUACGAACGACUGGAGCGAUAUUGGACUUGGGCAGCUUACAGUGGUAUUUUUUUGAAAUUGUUAAGAAAAUUUUAUUUUUUUUUUUAAUAAAAUUAAGCAUUUUUAUAAAAAUGACUUUUAGACGGGAAUGGAAGAUCACUUGACUUUGGGAGACAAACUUCGUACACGGUACAUUAACGCUCUAGGGUUCGUUGGGAGUAGGUAUAGAUAUGAUGAGGUAAGGAAAAAAACACGAAAAAAUAUUUUUUUUUUAUUUUUUAAAAUUUUUUUUAAUGAAAGAUUAGUUUAGAUCUACAUUCGAAGUACUGAUGUCAACCGUACCUUAAUCAGUGCCCUUUCAAAUAUGAUUGGGUUCUAUUCAACAAAUACAGCUAAUGUCGACUACCCUAACGCUACGCAUUGGCCACGCAAUUUCGUGCCAAUUCCAGUUCACACUGAACAAAGGAGCACUGACUAUGUAAGUAACCUUAGCUUUAGUCCGAGCUCUAUCCCUAGCUUUAGCUCUAGCCCUAGAUCUAGCUCUAGCUCUAGCUCAAGCUCUAGUUUUACCUUCAGUCUUAGCUUAGAGCCCUAGUCUAGAGUCCUGAGCCCUGAGCUUUGAACGCUAACCACCAAGCCUAAAAAACCACCUGAUUCACUAAGCCUAGGUCAUCAAGCUUAAGUCAUUAUGCCUAAAAGCAGUGUUUUGCCGGACCUGUUCGGACCGGACCGGACGGACCGAAACAAAAAUUUUUGCGGAUCAGCUCCGGACCGGUCUGGAAGAAAAAUUUUUUUUUAUUUUAUUUUAUAAAAAAAACAGCUCUAAAAAUUGCAAAGAAAACUUAUUUUUAAGUGUUUUUAAACGUAAAGAAAGCAGUUUUAGCGCUCUUUGUUGUUUUUAAAAUAAAAAAAAAUUUUUUUGCGGACCGGACCGAACCGGACCCAAAAAUUUUGGGUUUUGACCGGAGCAGACCCAAAAAUUUGAAGUUUGGACCGGACCGGACCCAAAAAUCGCCGGACCGGACCGUUGAAAAACGUUCCGGACCGGCCCGGGCAAAACACUGCCUAAAAGACAGCCUAAGCCACUAAACCUAAACUAACAAACCCAAACCACCAAGUCUAGUGAACAUGCUUAGGCCACCAAGCCUAAGUCACCAGUUUUAAGCCAUCAAGCCUAAACCAUAAAGCUUAAGCUCAUCUGUUUAUUAAUUGCAGAUCGGAAACGUUGACAGAGAUUGCAAACGUUCAGGUGCUCUGCGGAAAUUGUUAAAGGAAACUGAAAAAUACAAAAAGCUAGAAUCUGACAAUAAUGAAUUCUUUGAGACUGUAGCCAAGAUUGCUAACAUGAGCAAGGUAGAUCUCAGCAACCUUUGGAUGAUUAGUGAUGAUGUGUUUAUUACUCAAGUAAGGAUUUACUUUCAAAUUUCAAAAAAUGCUUUAUUUUUUAUUUUUAGGUAAAGUUAAAGCUAUCAAAAUUAAUUUUUGCAAAAUUCAAAUUUUUUAAAUUUAAAAAAAUUUAAUUUUUUUUUAAUUUUUAGAAAUACAAUAAGUCUCUACCAGACGGUUUCACUGAUGAUGUUAUCGAAAAAAUCUAUGACAUUGCUGAUGAAACCGAUAAAGCCUUAUACGGAAUGGGUUAUGGCACUUACAAAGGUGUCGACUUGUCUAUUGAAAUUCCAAAAGUCAAGGGAGGACCAUUGCUGUGGAGUCUCAUUGAUCAUAUGCAAGAGAAAGUGUCAUGUAUUGAAAAUAAGAACGAUAAGAACUGUCAUUGGCUGAAUCCUCUUAAAUACCACGUUUAUUCUGCUGUAAGUUUGCUCUGCUUUACCUUACCUUAUCCUAUCUUACCUCAACGUGCCGUACUGUACUGUACCGUACGGUAACGUUAUCUACCCUACCAUACCCUAUCCUAUUCUAUCCUACUCUACCCUACCCUAUCCUAUCCUACCCUACCGUACCCUACCCUACUCUACCCCUACCCUACCCUAUCCUACCCUACCCUACCCUACCCUACCCUACCCUACCCUACCCUACCUUUUCUUACCCUACCCUACCCUACUUUACCUUUGUUUUACCUUUGUUUUACCUUUGCCUUUCUUUCGUCUUAUUCUUGUCCUACCCUUGUCUUACCUCUGCUCUGUUCUUGCCCUGCCUCGUCUUACUUUCUCUCUACUUUUGUUCUAUCUUACCUUAACCUAUCUUACUGUAUUUUUCUUUGUUCAAAAUUAACUAUUUCCAGCACGACACCACUCUAUCAGGCCUAUUCUCUACCUUUGGCUUCAACCAAACUGACUACAAUAAGAAAGGUCUACCCGACUACGCAUCUGCCUUUACUAUUGAGCUAUGGGAAAACGACGGUAAUUAUACUGUAACAGUACUGUACUGGCCACCAAAAGAUAAAGAAAACUUCCAAGACAUUACUCAUCUGAUCAGUGGGUGUGAAGAGAUAUGUGAUUUAGACACGUUUGUCAAACGGUCAGAGAUCUACAACACUGUCAAUCCUGAACAGGCAAGUGCAAUAGUAAAUGGAAUAAGGAAGGGGUAAAAUACGUUCAACGUCGUGUUGUGGUUAAGGCAGAUUCAAAGAUAAGAGUUGAUUAGAAGGCUGUGGCCCCUGGUACAAUAUAAAAAUAAGGCCGAAGGUAAAAUAAAAACAAAGCUAGACUCGGAUUAGAGUUUAGUAAGGGUAGGGUUAAAAGCAAAAAGGGUAUAGUAGCGUUAAAUUAAAAGCUACGGUAAGGUAGGGACUAAGAAUAAAAUACGUUUAGAGGCUAGUAUUAUAAUAGUAGGAUUACAGUAGAAGCUAGGAUAAAGACAAGACCUAGCAUACGACUAGGGUAACUAAAGUAGCUGGUAAAUCCACGACUAAGGCUUGGAUAAUGCUAGAAGUUGGUAAGGUUAUGGUACGGUAAUGUAAGAGCAUGGUAGGUCGAGGUAUGAUAUUGUGAGGGUACGAGCAAAAUUAAUUGUAUAGUUUGUUCCUGAUAGAGUAAGAUGUUAAUAAGGUUAAGCUAGAAUUCUGCCAAGCUGCUUAGACUAACUAUGUAAGAUUAAGAUGAGUCUAGCCUGCCCUACGUUACCCCAACUUAUCGCGAGAUACGUGUAAAUACUACAAUAUAGCUAUUAUAGAGCAUAGUAAACGAUCAAAACGUUAUGAUAAUAAUAACAAUUUUUUAAUUUUCAAACACUUUUCAGCUUUGCAAUGACGAUCAGUUCCCACCUCAGGAUAACUCUGGAUCAAUGGCUUCAAUUAGCGUUUUACUCAUGUUUCUUGCUGCUUUUAUUAGUCUUCUAAACUAA